AUGACCCCAAAUCCAACCUCUAAACCCAACCUUACCACCAAUGACUCCGCCGUCCUCCAAGCUCUCUUCGACGCCGAAUCCUCCCCCUCUAACUCCAUCACCAUCGACUCUUCUCUCCCCACCUAUCCAUCUCACCUCAACAUCACCCCAGAACUUUUGCAGACUCUCCAAUCCCGCGAGGUUUCUAUAAUCCGCACCCUGCAAUCCGAAACCACCUUGGACAUUCCAACAAUCCAACAAGCAAUCAAGGAUCUCGACACCCUUAUCGCCGAACAUCCAACCUACCCAUCCGCAUAUGUCAACCGCGCCCAAACUCUUCGUAUCCUCAUUGACAAGACCAAGACUACCACUGAGAGUAGUGGUGAUGAUAAUGACGAUGACAAGAUCUUUGACCCCGAGAACACACAGCCCGCAUCCACGUUACUAGCAGACCUGGGGAACGCUAUCACGUUGGCGACGCCCAGGUCACCUGCUGAUCCAGUUUCGUCGGUCCAGGCGCGCUUGCUGGCUGAUGCGCAUACGCAUCGCGGGUAUUUGCUGCUCAAAGCGGCGAGAGUGAAGAAGGAGAGAAAGCAGGAAGAAGUGAUUGGUGGUCCGGAUCAGUUGCGUGUCGUGGAGCCGGAGCAGUUGGAGGAUAUGGCUAGUCGGGAUUUCUUUUUCGGGGGCAGGUAUGGGAAUAAGGUUGCACAGCAGUUGGCUGUACAGACGAAUCCGUAUGCGAAGAUGUGUGGGGCGAUUGUGAAGGAGGCGUUGAGGAAGGAGGUGGUGGGUGAUGGUGUGGUUAAGAUCUGA